AUAAUUUUCCUUUUUAUCCUUUAUUUUCUUGGACAUUUCUUCGGUCCUAUUCACUUUCCAUCCCUAGACCUUUUAGAUUUCUUCUCUCUGCACUUGCCUAUUGUAUCUCUGUAUCAUUCGAUAUAUAUCUAUAUUUCGCCUGUAUCCAUCCUAAUUUUUACACCAUCCAUUCCGCAUCCCACUUUACCAUCAAUCUUAGUAUCGAAAAAAGAAAUAAAAAAUGACGAGACUAAUACUUUCCACCUCGUAUGAUUUCUUUCGAUCCAUCACUCAGGGAGCAAUUGACUGACCGACUUCACAGAAAUGUUAUGAUCGGAGGUCCUUCCAUCAUCCGAAAACCUGGCGCAGAUGGAUCAAAUCUCGAACUAACAAAUUCCCUUCGAAGCAAUUUCGUCGCUGCGCAACAAGAUUAUUCACCCACUUCCUCAUAUGCAAAUGGAGUCAAUGGACAUGAGGAAUCCGAUGAAGAAAAUGGCGGUUCAAGUCGACCUCCAGUUUCCAUUUGGACAACAAGACAAGACAACGACUUUUACAUUCCGACCAUAGACUGGUCUUUAUCUGGACUCACAGAAGAGCCCAAAAAUUACGAAAUCACUGUUAAAUUAUUCUAUUUGGCAAGCGCCGAUGUAGAAUCCAGAUCAAAAUACACAAAAGAUGCUCUAAAUUUGGUAAUGAAAGAAUUGGGUGUCGACUCAAUUGAUCUCCUAAUUGUUUCAUUUCCCGGAAUGUCCUUCGAGGGCGACUGUGAAUGGGAAGCAGACAAAAAGAAUUCGGAACAAGGAAAUGAAGCCGAUGAACUUGCGACUUGGCCUAUAUUGGAAGACUUAUAUGAGCAAGGAAUUGUGAAGAAAUUAGGUCUGGCGGAAUUUGGCAGCGCAAAACUUGCUAAAUUUUUGACGAACGUCAGGGUACGACCACAAGUCGAUCAGAUAAAUGUUAAAGAUUGUUGCAGAGUUCCACAGCCUUUGCUCAAGAUCGCCAAACAAGAGAAGAUCGAACUUUUCACUCACAAUGAUUGCACCAAUAUAUUACCUAGUGGGACUUUGCGAGAGCUAUUGGGACAAGGGAUAAACGGUGCUGGUGUGUUAUCAGAAUCUAAGAGGGGGAUUGAUGGUAUGAAGGGUGAUUUGAAACCGGAAUGGGUGGCCAAAUAUACCGCAAUUGUCCGGGAUCGUGGCGUGAUAGAAAAUAAGGGAUAUUUCGCUUCAGCAGAGUUGAGGGAGUGAACGUUAAAAAGUGCAUUUGGAUUUUUUAGUUUUGGCGCAAUGGCGCCUCGGGAGUGGUAGUUUUUCAAAAGCGUGUUGAAAAUUGCAAGAUGACUUUGGAUAGCAAGACUACUUGGAAAUCUGUAGUACUUUGAUAGCCCUGGUGGAUGUCGAAGAGAACCUUGGAAACAAUUGGAUAUAUAGAAUUCCUAAUGCAGCUAGUGCAUAGUAUAGAAUCAGAAUUAGAUUGUAGACCCUUUAACCUAACAUACUCCUUUUUCUUCCUCUCAUUCUCACAUCCUCUAAUUUCUUUAAAACCACUUGUGCGCCUUUAUAGCUUGUUCCAUACGCAUUCAGAACCUCCUUGAAUAAACCCUCCGCCCUCGGAUGUGUACUUCCAAAUCCGGCCAUCCUCA